AAGAUGUGAGCUGUGCCUUGUCUGAGUGAGUGUUGGGUUUUGAGUUUUGACAAUUAACAUUAGUGUUAGUGAAAUUUUUUGUUCUAUAUUGCAUCAGCGGUUUUUUAUUUUGUGUUUUAAUGUUAUUUUAUUAGACUUUAUACAGCGGCCAACGCAUAUUGUGAAGGCGAGGUGGCGGCUUAAAUAAUAUAUUUAUUGUAAUUGCAUUUCGUUUCCCAAGUUGUUAGUUACGGUUGUGCGAGUCACGAUGCUUGUCGCACAGUUUAAUUCACGAUCUUGGCAUAAAGACAGUCGUCAAGCGAAGCCCUACUGCCAGUGCUGGAAUAAGAAAUCACCAUUAUCGUGGACUCAGUUAGGUGCUUGUCUAUGUGGAGAGGAAAAUGAUGUGUGUGAAUGGAAAUGGGAACAGACAAUAGAAACUGGAAGUAGUUGGGUUGUGUUAAGUGAGGAUAAGAAGCAGGUGACAUUCCAUCCCUUCUACAGUUCCGGCACUGCUGCAGCUAAGGGUGAUACACCUUUGUUACAUAACCAGCACUAUUACUGGGAAAUCAAAAUACUAACUGACACAUAUGGCACAGAUAUUAUGGUUGGAGUCGGUACAAAUAAAGUCAUCCCAACAAAUGUUCAAUUUGAAUUCACAUCUCUAUUGGGACAAGAUUCAGAGUCGUAUGGUCUAUCAUACACCGGAGCUAUUAGACAUAAUGCAAUGAUCUCUAAGGAUUCAGUUGGAUUCUGUAAAGGCAGUAUUGUUGGAGUUCGAGUUGAUAUGUGGAGAGGAACAUUAGAAUUUUAUUUGAAUAGGAAAGCACAGGGAAUUUCAUUUUACAAUCUGCGCCGUCACCAAGCGCUCUACCCAAUAAUCUGUUCCACCGCUGCACAAUCGUCCAUGCGCUUGAUAUAUGCAGCGUCAUGGCGCGCUUCAUUGCUCGUAGACUCGGCUAAGAUUCUUGCAGGAUCAAUAAAACGGGAAACGAUACCACCUGGAUUACGAUAUAUGGUCGGAUCACAGUUCUGGUUGACGCUGCCUACGGGUGAUGGUUCUGAUGUAAGUGACGAUGAAGAGCAGUCAAGCCCCGUUGAGAAGGGACAAGUGAAGUGGGAGCCAAAUGUGCUCGCUUCAUCCAUUUUCAUGACAUUCACCAUGCAUGCUCGUCGGUUAUGGGUACUUUUAACUUGUCCCUUCUCUAGUACCUGGAUUUGGUUCAGACCCUGUCAUCCGACAUGAAAAGGCAUCAUUGGCAGACAGAACCACUCAAAGCUAUUGCACUACGAACCAGCGAUUGACGAUAUAUUAUUAACAAUAGAUUUGCUUUAAACAAACACAAGCAAAACCGUUUAUAUACAGACAUAGUAUUAGUUUUUAUACGUGAAUGUGACCUAUUUACUUACAUAUUUGACAUUAAACUUUUUAAAAUACAUAAAAAAGUUUAUAUGACUUUCUGUUCGACAUAUGUCUGUAAAUUGGACGUAAUUAUUUAGAUCAAUGUAACUGUAAUAUAAUAAAAUAUAUAUUUUAAUAAAAAGACAAAACCUUGGGAGGUUUUCGUAGUGUAAGGAAGUCUAAUGGCCGAAUACACAAGCCCCAAGGGACACCCAAAUGUAACAAGUUAAAAGACUUAAAAGACGCUGCUAAGUUAUUUAGUAAUACAGAUUUCUUAUUAACUGAAUUAGUGAUUUCACGUAACGACAAAACUCAGUUCGAUGUAACUUUUUCAAUAUCGAGAAUAAGCUUGGAAUUACUUGGUACGAAAACUAUAUACCUAUUGUAUAAUCGCUGUUGUUACAGCUUACUGGAUAAAACGACUGUUUUAUGAGGUAGUUCAGGUGACGCCUAAUUUCGACUGAAUUUUGUGUGUUCGGACAUAUUACGUAACUUAGUUUUAAGGAAUAAAGUCUGUGAUAUAA